AUGAACAUGUUCGACGCACAGGUGGAUGCAGUGAGGGCGGCCAUCACGACGGCGGGGUUCCCGAAGGUGGAGAUUGUUGUGGCGGAGACCGGGUGGCCGUACAGGGGGGACGCAGGGGAGGAGGGAGCGACGGUGGAGAACACCCAGGCAUACAACGACGGGCUGGUGGCACACCUGCACUCCCUCGUCGGAACGCCGAUGGCGGCGGGUAAGUCGGUGGACACCUACAUCUUCGCGCUCUACGACGAAGAUAUGAAGCCCGAUCCGACCUCCGAGUGCUCCUUCAGCCUCUUCCGCCUCAACCUCACGCCCACCUACGACGCCGACAUCACCAAGUCUUCCUCCAACGCCGCUGGCCCUGUUUCCCAGGUAAACUAA